AUGAUUGAAUUAUUAUCUUUUUAUAUUUUCUUUUAAUUUAUUAUUUUCUUGGAGAAUCUAGAGAUUUCUUUUAUAUAAAUAAGAUUAUAAUUAUUAUUUAAAAUAAAUUAACAAAUUUCAUUUUUUUAUCAACAAAGUAAAUUCUUAUUUACAUAUAAUUUUAUACUAAAAAUAAACAAAAUAUUUUCAAAGUAGAAUUUUUAGUCUUUCUUUUUUAAAAAAUAUUUAAUAGAUUAAUGUUGCCUUGUUUCACAAGAUUUUUACUUUGUUUUGUCAUUAUUUAAAUUAGAUUUACACUUUAAAGAAUUCAAUUAUGGGUUUGUUGAGGUAUCUUUUAGUGGGAAACAACCUUGA